CGUAGUCGUAGUUGCCGUGGGAACGGCGCGUUAAACUCAAGCAGGAAUGAGACUGAAACGGCUCCACAUUCGCUACUAUCCUCCAGGUAUAAUACUGGACUAUGAGAAAGGAGGACAGGAGAGAAGCAGAUGCAUCGACCUGCUGCACUUAACACCAGACACGGAUGUGAAUGAGGUACUAUCAGAAAUCAGAAGAAUCGAGCCUUUAAUCACUGACUCGCGUACCGAUCAGGUGAAAGUGCUCAUUAAACGAUUACAGGACAAACUCAGCCAACCAGAUGAGCGCAGCUUCUACCUGUUCAAGGUGCUUCAGGCUCACAUCCUGCCUCUUACCAAUGUCGCCUUCAAUAAAUCAGGGUCGAGUUUCAUAACCGGGAGCUAUGACAGAACAUGUAAAAUAUGGGACACUGUGUCUGGAGAGGAACUGCACACGCUGGAGGGGCAUAGAAAUGUUGUUUAUGCCAUCGCAUUUAAUAAUCCCUAUGGAGAUAAAAUAGCUACAGGCUCCUUUGAUAAGACCUGCAAAUUAUGGAGUGCCGAGACUGGAAAGUGUUUCUACACAUUUAGAGGACACACAGCGGAAAUUGUCUGUGUGACCUUCAACCCCCAGAGUACCCUGGUUGCCACAGGCAGCAUGGACACUACAGCUAAAUUAUGGGAUGUGGAGAGUGGUAACGAGGUUUCUACCCUAGCAGGUCACUCUGCUGAGAUAAUCUCUCUCUCAUUCAACACAGUUGGGAAUCGUUUAGUCACUGGGUCAUUCGAUCACACACUUACACUGUGGGAUGUACCAUCAGGGAGGCGAUUACACACAAUGAUAGCACACAGGGGAGAAAUCAGCAGUGUGCACUUCAACUGGGACUGUUCCCUCAUUGUCUCAGCCUCUAUGGACAAGAGCUGCAAGGUGUGGGACGCUGAGAGUGGCCAGUGUUUAGCGACUUUAAUUGGUCAUGAUGAUGAGGUGCUGGAUGUUUGCUUUAAUUACACUGGUCAGCUCAUUGCAACCGCAUCAGCUGAUGGUACAUCCAGGAUAUUUAAUGCAGAAACCUUUCAGUGUGUCUGUAAACUUGAGGGUCAUGAGGGAGAGAUAUCUAAGGUGUGCUUUAACCCACAGGGGACACGUGUAUUAACAGCAAGUGCAGACAGAACAGCACGUGUGUGGUCUGUGAACUCUGGCUCAUGUCUGCAGGUUUUGGAGGGACACACCGAUGAGAUCUUCUCCUGUGCAUUUAACUAUGAAGGAGACACCAUCAUUACAGGUAGUAAAGAUAAUACCUGUCGGAUCUGGCGUUGAGAAAUAAACACAAAGAGGACAAUCUUCAGUAUUAACAAACACACAUGAACAUGUUCUUAUAUUCAGCCUUCUAACUUGCACAGAAUGGUUGCCUUAAAGUGCUGAGAAUCUGCUCACACACAAACGCACACACUAGCUAUGUAUGAAAUCCUCCUGUGAAAUCUAUUUGUGUCUCCUGUUCACACACCAUUUGCUUCACUAUUUGCUUUUUUUUUCUUUUCCAAAUGUGAAAAACUAACACACCUGUGCACCAGGUGUCUGGCCUGCCAACAAUCAAUAGUACAAUAUGUUUAGGAGUAAUUGCUAGGUUUAAGUGACAUUUUUGUAGAUUUGAAAGAAAAUUAAAUUACGAUUGUUUUUGGUAAACGUCUUAGCAGAUUUCCUAUUUGUUAGAAUUUAUUUUGACUCAUAGUAUGCUCUGAUUGAAAGCAGGAAAUAAAAGCACCUUUGGUGUAUCUAAAACAAAGCAGCCUUGAUGCCUUGCUCUCUGUGCUGUUACAAAGGUGAUUUGUCUCAUAUAUCAGCACUUUGAGACAUGCUUUAUAUGCAACAUACGUCACCACAAAGUCCAUUAGACAAGAUAAAAUAAAGUACCAGUGUGGA